AUGGCCAGCGUGGUCGCGAUCCUGGAUUUGAAGGGCAAGCCCUUGAUUCAGCGAUCCUACAGGGAUGAUGUGGAUCCUACAGCCAUGGAGCGGUUCCUCCCUCUUCUUACGGAGAUUGAGGAGGAGCACGGCACGAGCGCCAUCCAGCCUUGUCUGAGCUCGCAGGGCGUCAACUACAUGCAUGUGCGCCACAAUAACCUAUACUUGCUUGCACUAUCGCGUCGGAACUCGAAUGCUGCUGAAAUUUUGCUGUUUUUGCACAAGCUCGCGUCAGUGCUAGAGGAGUACUUCAAGCAGCUCGAGGAAGAGUCCAUUCGCGACAACUUUGUCAUUCUCUAUGAGCUUCUUGACGAAAUGAUGGACUUUGGAUACCCACAGACGACCGAGAGCAAGAUCUUGCAGGAGUAUAUCACGCAGGAAUCGUACAAGCUCGAGGUCCAGGUCCGUCCCCCGAUGGCCGUGACGAACGCCGUCUCGUGGCGGUCCGAGGGCAUCCGCUACCGCAAAAACGAGGUGUUCCUGGAUGUGAUUGAGAGCGUGAACCUGCUGGUCAAUGCCAACGGGCACGUGGUGCGUAGCGAGAUUGUCGGCACGGUCAAGAUGAAGUGCUACCUGUCCGGCAUGCCUGAGCUGCGCCUUGGGCUGAAUGACAAGGUCAUGUUUGAGAGCACCGGGCGCACGUCACGCGGCAAGGCCAUCGAGAUGGAAGACGUCAAGUUCCACCAGUGUGUGCGUCUGUCGCGCUUUGAGAACGAUCGUACGAUCUCGUUCAUCCCCCCUGACGGCGAGUUCGAGCUAAUGAGCUACCGACUCAACACACAGAUCAAGCCGUUGAUCUGGGCCGAGGCUGUGGUGGAGCGCCACGAGGGCAGCCGCAUCGAGUUCAUGGUCAAGGUCAAGGCCCAGUUCAAGCGCCGCUCCACGGCAAACAAUGUCGAGAUCCUCAUCAAUGUGCCGGAUGACGCGGACUCGCCUAAGUUCCGCGCGGCGAUUGGCUCUGUGUCCUACGCGCCGGAGCUCUCGGCCAUGGUGUGGAAGAUCAAGCAGCUGGGCGGCGGCAAAGAGUAUCUGAUGCGCGCGCACUUCGGCCUGCCCAGCGUGCGGGACGAGGAGAGCAUUGUGCGGCGCACGCCGAUCAACGUCAAGUUUGAGAUCCCCUACUUUACCGUGUCGGGCGUGCAGGUGCGCUACCUGAAGAUUGUGGAAAAGUCCGGCUACCAGGCACUGCCAUGGGUCCGCUACAUUACGCAGAAUGGCGAAUACGACCUCCGGACUCAGACGGAAAAGAGCCAAGCCAAUCUCGCGCACUUUGUGUCCUAG